AUGAACAACCUCGCGGUAGUGCUGAGCAACCAGGGAAAGUAUGAGGAAGCAGAACAGAUGCAUCGACAAGUGGUGGAUGUGAAGGAGGUAGUACUGGGCACGGAGCAUCCAUCCACGCUGGUGAGCAUGAACAACCUCGCGGUGGUACUGAGCGACCAGGGAAGCUAUGAGGAAGCAGAGCAGAAAUAUCGACAAGUGGUGAAAGCGGAGAAGGCGGCGCUGGGCACGGAGCACCCAUCCACGCUGGAGAGCAUCAAUAACCUCGCGGUGGUACUGAGCAACCAGGGAAAGUAUGAGGAAGCAGAGCAAAUGUAUCUGCAAAGUGGUGAAUGUGAGGAAGACGGUGCUGGGAACGGAGCCUCCAUCCACGCUGGAGAGUAUGAACAACCUCGCGGUAGUGCUGAGCGACCAGGGAAAGUAUGA